AUGACACUAGGCCCCCAAUAUCAGAAGGGGGAGGUGUACAUCACCACACUCAAGGAAAGCCUUGACUGGACCCCAUGGACUAGGGGUAUCAAAUCAUGGGCUCAAACGCACCACAUCUGGGAGUACGUUAACCCAGAAGGGACCGUGGUGCUCGAGGAGCCCCUGAGGCCUAGCUGGGAAGAGCUACUCGAGAAGGUAGGGCAGAGGCCCCACCGAGGAAGCUUUCCCAACGAAGAAAAUAAGUAUAAGGCAGCAAGGGAAGACUUCAAUGAGAAGCUUCAAGAUGCCAAGGACCUCUUUAGGUACAAAGAGAAGACCUUCCAGGAUCAAUUGGACCGCUUCAAGGCUAGAGAAAAAGCCAUGAUGCAGAUCGAGGAGGUGAUCAAGAAGUCCAUCAGUGAGGGGCUCCAGGGCGAGACCCUGAUACAGCUGACGCCCCGGGACAAGAUCAAAGAACUCAAACAGAAGGUUCUCCCCUCAGCGGAGGAAGAAAAGAACCUUAUCGAUGAAAGGUAUCAUCAAAUCAUCAACAAGAAAGGAACCCGGGACUGGAAGGCUUGGGCAGAGCAGCUGGACCAAGUCAUCCUGGAUUCAAGAGACCUAGCGGUCUCGACUAUUAAUGACACAAAGAUUCGUCAGGACUUCCUCAAAGGGACCGAAGAGUGGGACCCUAGCUGGCCCAUGACGAUUAGGCUGCUGGACGCACUCCUGGAGAGAACAGGACUCCCAGCAACCCCUUUGCGCACCCUGAUUGCCGACUUUAAAAGGGAGGUUGGAUUCAGGAAGAAAGGGAAACCUCAGAAGACCCCAGGGGUCAACAACGCAAACAACGCUCCAAGAUCAUCUGAUCAGAGGACUAGGAACGGCCCAGAGGGGUCACACAAGUGCCCGGCAUGUAAGCAACACUGGGUCAAAAAGGAUGAGUGGUGGGAAAGCUGCUGGACCUUUAGAGCGAUGUUCCAGAAAGACCCCCCUGAAGGAUGGAUUCCCAGGGACCACCUUAAGGAGGCCAUCAACCAGCACCUUAAGGAGAACCCCUUGGACAAGACCAAAGCCAUGGAGUGGAAGCCAAAAGCCAAAGACAUCACAGUCCCGCAGAAUAACAACAACUCGAGCAAACAGGCUAAUACAGUGUCGCACGUGCAUAGCACUAAUACAGUGAAGACUCUCUCGAGGACAAGGCAAUCUAUGAUUCAGGGCUAG